AGACUAUAUUUCCAUGUGAGUGACGGAGAACCAGUUACAACCUAUUGAAACACACAUACAGCUUGUUCUCAGAACACUGGGGAAUGGAAUGUAUUGUUUUGUGUAAAUAAAGUUUGAGCUGAGCUGCCUUCCUCCCCCCUCCCCGGUGACUGGGAGGUCAGCUGACUGGGCUUGCUCAGGCAGUCACAUGACGCGCCUCACUCCGGUGACAGUAGUCUGAGGCCGAGCUGCGGGAAGGACGUAUCACUCACUAGGGACUGAACAUGGCAGGCCUGGCCAGGGGGAAGCUGAUCGCGGUGAUCGGAGAUGAGGAUACCUGCACCGGGUUCUUGCUGGGCGGCAUCGGAGAGCUGAAUAAAAACCGUAAACCGAACUUCUUGGUGGUGGAGAAGGAGACCAGCGUGACGGAGAUAGAGGAAACCUUCCGGUGAGCCAACCGGGGUGUGAGAGGGGGAUGGGCAGUCGGAUACCGGGGAGACAUUGUGAUUACCGAGAGCGGUUCAUAUAAACAUCAGGUGGAACUCUGUGAGGGUGUUCAGAGAAUAUAGAAUACUACAGAUAGAGCAAGCUCUGCCCUAUGGGCUAAUCGGAGAAUAUAGAAUACUACAGAUAGAGCAAGCUCUGCCCUAUGGGCUAAUCGGAGAAUAUAGAAUACUAUACAUAGAGCAAGCUCUGCCCUAUGGGCUAAUCGGAGAAUAUAGAAUACUACAGAUAGAGCAAGCUCUGCCCUAUGGGCUAAUCGGAGAAUAUAGAAUACUACAGAUAGAGCAAGCUCUGCCCUAUGGGCUAAUCGGAGAAUAUAGAAUACUAUACAUAGAGCAAGCUCUGCCCUAUGGGCUAAUCGGAGAAUAUAGAAUACUACAGAUAGAGCAAGCUCUGCCCUAUGGGCUAAUCGGAGAAUAUAGAAUACUACAGAUAGAGCAAGCUCUGCCCUAUGGGCUAAUCGGAGAAUAUAGAAUACUACAGAUAGAGCAAGCUCUGCCCUAUGGGCUAAUCGGAGAAUACAGAAAACUAUACAUAGAGCAAGCUCUGCCCUAUGGGCUAAUCAGAGAAUACAGAAAACUAUACAUAGAGCAAGCUCUGCCCUAUGGGCUAAUCAGAGAAUACAGAAAACUAUACAUAGAGCAAGCUCUGCCCUAUGGGCUAAUCAGAUAAUCUAGAAUACUAUAACUAGAGCAAGCUCUGUCCUAUGAGCUAAUCAGAUAAUCUAGAAUACUAUACCUAGAGCAAGCUCUGUCCUAUGGGCUAAUCAGAUAAUCUAGAAUACUAUACCUAGAGCAGGCUCUGUCCUAUGGGCUAAUCAGAUAAUCUAGAAUACUAUACCUAGAGCAGGCUCUGUCCUAUGGGUUAAUCAGAUAAUCUAGAAUACUAUACCUAGAGCAGGCUAUGUCCUAUGGGCUAAUCAGAGACCUCUUGUAAUGGGGUGAUGUGAUGAAGAUGUGUCAGCCCCCAAUUUACCCCUCGAGGAAAGAAGGAUCACCCAUGGAGUUAUCAGGACAAAGUGCAGUCUAAAUGGGAUUAUAUCACCUGUAUCCUUGGGCCUUGAGCACCCAGUGCUGCAG